AUGCCAAUCCUCAAAGACUGGUCGACAUUAUUAAUACUUUUAAUAUUCAUAUCUAAAAUCAAAGCUGAUUGUCCGCCAGUUCAAGCACCAUGUCAUUGUGCGCCAUCAAUUUAUGAGCCAGUGGCUAUAAUUUGUGAAAAUGCUGGUAGUUUGGGUAAUGCAUUGGCCGCUAUUCAAGCUGCUAAAGGAACUCCGGUAAGAUAUUUUAAUUUUUUUAAUAUUAAAAUAAACUUUUUUUGCUAUUUAUUCAAAUUUUUUGAUUUUCAUUCAUUUUUAAAAUUUAAUUUAAAAAUCAUAAUAUAAGGCCUUUUAUGUCACCAUAUUAAAAAUUUUUUAAACAAUUUAGUUAAAAUGACCUGUAGAUUUAAAAAAUCAUUUUAAACAGCCUACAAGGCUUUUUUUCGAUUAUUACUAUGUUAUACCUACCCUUUUAUGAACUUUGCAGAUUGACUCACUUACCAUUGUUGACACAGCCAUCUCUUCGCUACCGGCAAACGCUUUCGAUGGGUUUUUGAUUUUACGCCUCGUUUUGAAUCGAAACACCUUGAACUCAAUCCACGAUGAAGCCUUCAAUGGUGCCCUCUUAGACUCCUUGGUGGAGCUGGAUCUAACAGACAACCACUUGGGAGGUGUACCAGAAACUGGCAUUAGACAUUUGAGAAAUUUGAGAAAAUUGUAUCUGAAUCGAAAUCGAAUCACAGGUUUAAAUGCCAAUAGCUUUACGAAUUUCGACAGCAAAGACAUUUUAUUGAAGCUGGAAUUGGCUGGCAAUAGAUUGACUGACAGCGCUCUUGGGGAUGGUACUGUGCUGAGGCCGUUGAAGAGUCUGCAAGAAUUGAGUUUUGAAACAAAUGCUUUGACACAGAUACCUAGUGCUGCUUUGGUGAAUCAGAAGAACUCGUUGACCAACUUGAACUUGGGUUUGAAUCAAGUAAGUUAUCUAUUAUAAAAUAAGGAAUUAAAGCUAGUAAAGGUAAAAACUGCCUAAAUUAAAAAAAAAGUUUAAUAUUUUAAAUCAUAAUAACUUAAAACCAUUACCUUCAAAUUUUAAAUUUAAAAAAAAAUCUUCAAUUUCCAGAUCAAUGAAGUCCCAGUCGGAGCCCUAGAUUUCCCGAUGUUAACAUCGCUUUCUCUGGAGUUCAACGGCAUUACCGUGAUAAUUCCUCAAGCUUUUCAAGGUGUUCCAAGUCUUCAAUACCUAUAUCUGACCGGAAACAAAUUUCCUGCUUGGCAGCCGGAGAUGUUCAGGUAUAUCAACCAAUUAAGAACACUUGGCAUUGGCGAAACACCGAUCUCUGUCAUUCCUGCCAAUGCUUUUAUUGUGAGUUUUUAAAUGGGUUUCGAAGUUUUAAAAUUUUCUUCUGAAGACCUCAAUUUUUUUGUCUAUAGUUCAAUUAUUCAAAUUUUUUAAAGCUUUGAAAAAGUUCUUGAAGUAGACUUUCACCUUAUUUUAAGUUUUCAUUUUUUAAAGUUUUUAAAAUAAUCAAGAUAAAGCUAUGUGUAGAUAAUGUAAUUUGUAAAAUAAUAGAAAUGCAAGAGGUCGUAUUUUACAACUUUUUAAUUAAAAUUUCAGCACACACCAAAUUUAAUUCGCUUAGAAAUGAGUGAAGCAGCCGUUGAUACGAUAGAACAAGGUGCAUUCCAACGGACACCGCUCAUCCAAGCUAUCAUUAUGAACAAAAACAGGCUUACCACGUAAGGCUUUUAAAGAUUUUAAAGUUUUUACUACUUUUUCUCAAGUUCAUUAAAACUACAGUGAAAAGUACGACACUAAACGGACUUGUCCAAACCUGUCCUUAUAAUCAGGACAUUACACUACUCAGGUAUUUUACGAUAGAAGCUCUAUUAUAAAGGGCGUGCAAAAACUGUUAUUAUAAAGGGAGUGUAAUUCUAUCGAGGGCCAUAUUAAAGAGGUUUCACUAUGCUUUAAUAUUUUAUGUAGACAUCAAAAAUUUUAUUUGUCGUUGCCUUCAGGCUAAUUUGUACAAACUUUUAUAAGUAAAGUUAAAAUUUUAAGUAAUUUUUUUAAUUUUUUGAAAAAUAGUAUUAAAUUUAAAUUGAAAUUUAAAAAAAUAUAGAAUCAAAAAAAUAGUUUCAGUAUCCGAGCCGACAUGUUCCAAGGCUUGAAUGACUUAUAUUCGAUUGAUCUACAAGGUAACAGGAUUGACUCUGUUGAGCCUAUGGGAUUCGCCAACUUGCCAAGCUUGAGGCAUUUGGAUAUAAGGUAAAAUACGGUCUUGAUUACGUUUUUUCUUUAAAUUUAUUGGUAUUUAUUUGCUUAAAUUUUAAACUUUUUUUAAUUUUGCAAUUUUUUUUAUUUGAACAUGUUAGCAAUUUUUUAAAAUUUUUUUGAAAAUCAUUAUUUUUUAUUUUUUUUAUUUUUUAUUUUAGCCGAUUCUUAUAACAAAAAACAAAAUUUCAGUUACAACCAGCUCCAAACGAUGCCAUUGGACACCUUCGAUGGUUCUUUCCAACCGGUUCCCAAUGAUCGACGGGUCAUCUAUGCCUGUGCCAAUCCUUGGCUAUGUGACUCUAGACUGGAAUGGUUCCGCCAGCUACUGCGUGACAACUUGGAUAUUGACAUUGACAAGCCGGGCUGUGUAGCAGCUUGUAUGAGCUCCGUGAACAACUGUCCACCUGAAGGAACACCGCUCAGAGCUAUUGACUUUUGUCCGAUCAGCGAUAAUCCACUACCUUUGACUGGUACCGCGUUGUCACUGGUCGGGUGGAUUAUUUUGGGUAGGUGGGGUAGUUAAGCUUGUAAUGUUGAAACUAACAACUUCUAAACUGUAUUAUAAUAUAGCUACAUGUCAUAUGCAAAAAACAACCUUAAUUUAUUAAUUUCAGCUAUUAUCAUGACCAUCCUGUUGAUUAGUAUUUGCUUAAUGGCUUUGAUCCGCUACGGUAUGAGCCAUCGCCACAAGAAACAAAAGGAUCACGAAAUCGAGGAUGAACAGCGUAUCAUGUCAUGUAAGUGCUUUUGAUGUUGUUCAUGACAAACGCGUGCGAAAAUUAAUCCGAUCAGAUCAAGUUGAUAGUGUUCUGUUAUUUUACUGUGCUCGGAUCUGAUUACAUGGGUAAAGGUUGGGAAAGUGUGGAACAUCAUCUUACCCUACCCUACCCUACCCUACCCUACCCUACCCUACCCUACCCUACCCUACCCUACCCUACCCUACCCUACCCUACCCUACCCUACCCUACCCUACCCUACCCUACCCUACCCUACCCUAACCUACCCUACCCUACCCUACCCUACCCUACCCUACCUUACCCUACCCUACCUUACCCUAUUCUACCGUACUUUAUAAUGUCACUUUGAAAUCCAUCAGUAAAGUUCUAUAGUGAUGAUAAGAAAUAUGUCAAAACGUAUGCCCUCAUAUCUACUUAACAAUAAAUUUUCAGCCACAGUAUACAACACAUCAAUGUACCGUUCCUACGCGCCGUCCGCGGCCGGAGUUGACUUGGAUUUGCCAGCGGCGCAUACGCUGGACGAUAGGCCUAACUACUUUAUUUAA